AUGUCCGGCAAAUACACGAUCAUAGACGGCCAGAACGUCUCUGAAUCUGUACCUUCUGUUCCAGAUCCAGGCCUUACCACCGUCGAAUUCACUGCUGCAAAUGAUAGGGACCUAAGACUGUUAACACAAGCUGUUGAAGAAGCAUAUAAAGGAGUAGAGUGUGGUGAUGGACGACCGUUUGGAGCGGUUAUUGUCCAUAAGAACCGAAUCCUUGUGAGCUGCCAUAAUAUGGUUUUGAAAUACAAAGAUCCAACUGCACAUGCUGAAAUCGUAGCCAUUAGAGAGGCAUGUAAGAAACUGAAGGAAAUCAAGCUAUCGGAAUGCGAGAUAUACGCAUCGUGCGAGCCUUGUCCGAUGUGUUUUGGAGCCAUCCAUCUUUCAAGAAUCAAGAGAUUGGUGUAUGGUGCCAAAGCCGAAGCAGCUGUAGCCAUCGGGUUUAACAGCUGCAUAGCCAACGGUUCGAAGGGCACUAAGCUCUACAACAAGUCUAACCUAGAGAUCAUAAAACUCGAUGUGAGUUUCGCCGAGCAAGUUUUCCACAAUACAAAGGGAAAGUUCAGUUUAUAG